GAAAAACCUGCUUUUUCUUAAGUAGAACCAUUCUUUUUCAACCACAGUCGACCUAUUUGAAUAGACGAUCGCGACCGCAGCAGCGAACCUGAGACGCGGGAAUGAGAAUCAUGCCAAGAAAAGGGCAACCUGAUCGCAGAAAAAAGAAGGCGUGAACCACGCUCGCCGCGAGAGGGCGCUGCGAAAGGAGGAGAAGCGGACCCUCUUUUCCUCGCGCCCCCCCCCCCCCGGGGUUAGGCGGAACUUAGCCGGCUCGGCGCAGCCGUGGCGUAACCUGAUCGGGGGGCGGAGUCUCUAAGCCAGCCGGCAACAUGGCGGAGGCGGAAGGGGAAAGCUUAGAGUCCUGGCUGAACAAAGCCACCAACCCAUUGAACAGACAGGAAGACUGGGAGUAUAUUAUUGGCUUCUGUGAUCAGAUCAACAAAGAACUUGAAGGUCCACAGAUAGCCGUUAGAUUGCUGGCUCAUAAAAUCCAGUCACCACAAGAAUGGGAAGCAGUCCAGGCCUUGACAGUGCUAGAAGCUUGUAUGAAGAACUGUGGGCGCAGAUUUCAUAAUGAAGUAGGGAAGUUUCGUUUUUUAAAUGAGCUAAUAAAAGUUGUAUCCCCCAAGUACUUGGGAGACCGAGUGUCAGAAAAGGUCAAAACCAAAAUAAUUGAGCUGUUGUACAGCUGGACGGUUGCUUUGCCAGAUGAGUCCAAAAUCAAAGAUGCCUACUACAUGUUGAAAAGACAAGGCAUUGUUCUGUCUGAUCCUGUUAUUCCUGUGGAGAAAACCCUAAUUCCCUCUCCACCACCUCGUCCCAAAAACCCUGUGUUUGAUGAUGAGGAGAAAUCCAAGCUUUUAGCUAAACUGUUGAAAAGCAAAAAUCCAGAUGAUUUACAAGAAGCAAACAAGCUUAUUAAAUCUAUGGUGAAAGAGGAUGAGGCCCGGAUACAGAAAGUAACAAAGCGCAUGCAUACUUUGGAGGAGGUGAACAACAAUGUGAAAUUGUUGAAUGAGAUGUUGGUCCACUACAGUAAAGAAGACUCUUCCGAGGGUGAUAAAGAGCUCAUGAAGGAGCUCUAUGACAGGUGCGAAACCAAGAGGCGGACAUUAUUCAAGCUGGCCAGUGAAACAGAAGAUAAUGACAGCAGUUUGGGAGAUAUUCUUCAGGCUAGUGACAACUUAUCACGAGUAAUAAAUUCGUAUAAAAAAAUUAUUGAAGGGCAAGUCAUCAAUGGUGAAGUAGAUCUUUCAGUGCUGCCUACAACAGAAGGAAGCAAUUCUGCCAGUAACAUUAAUACCCUCAUUGACUUGGGGGGAUUGGAGGUUUCAAACGUGCCGUCACCACCCCCACUGCUUCCUUCAGCCUUGAACACAACACCAACGCUAACUCCGGCUCUGGCCUUAUCAGAAAUCCCCAUCCUCCCACCCCCACCUCAGGCGACUGGUCACUCCUGGAGUCAUUCAACCAGCCAUGCUGAAACCACUGCUACUCAGUCAAUUAGCACUGCCAAUUCCCUCUCUUUGCUUGAUGAGGAACUCCUGUGUUUAGGCCUCAGUGACCCUGCCCCAAGCGUAGUGAAAGAAUCGGCUGAAAGCAAUCCGUGGAACCUGUUCCAGAAUGAGCCAGUAGAGCUGGACUUCUUGAAUCCAAAGCCAGUUUCUGUCGCUUGCAACUCUGCAGUGAACCCACUUCUUUCAGCUGUGUCACAGCCUGGAUGUGGAGCAUCAGUACAGAAUCCUGCUUCUACUUUCACAGCCCCUCAGCCUGUGUCCAGUAUCUCUGCUCCUACCUCAACCUCUUUCAAAUUCUCUACUGGACCUCCACUUGGCCCUUUAAGUACAAUGCCUGUAGCUUCAGGCUACCUUGGCUCAGCAGUGGGGACAAAUGGAUUGCACAAGAUGGAUCCAUUAAGUCAUCUUCUAGAAGAAAACAAAGGGCCUUCAGCUCAAGCAGCUGUAACAGCCUCUACAGUCCCUGCCACUACUUCUGCACCUCUGACAUCUGCCACAGGAUUGCAGCUCACUGGUCCAGGUGUCCCUGCUGUUCCAUAUCCAGGAAGCCCCAUCUUCCAAGCAGCCCUGUUCCAGCAACAAGGAAGUCCCUUGAAAGGACCUGAGAUCUCCUUGGCCAAUGUCCAUGUUCCACUGGAGUCAAUUAAACCUAGCAGCGUUCUUCCUGUGACUGCUUACGACAAGAAUGGUUUGCGCAUUCUGCUGCACUUUGCAAAGGAGUGCCCUCCUGGGCGGCCUGAUGUAUUGGUGGUGGUGGUAUCAAUGUUGAAUACAGCACCUCUUCCUAUCAAGAAUAUUGUGCUACAAGCUGCAGUGCCAAAGUCCAUGAAAGUAAAGUUGCAGCCACCUUCAGGGACAGAGCUAGCUCCAUUCAAUCCCAUCCAGCCACCAGCUGCUAUUACCCAGGUCAUGUUGCUUGCAAAUCCUAGAAAGGAGAAAGUGAGGCUGAGGUAUCGACUGACUUUCACAUUGGGAGACAAGCUCAGCACUGAAGUGGGGGAAGUGGAUCAGUUUCCUCCAGUUGAUAAUUGGGGAAAGCUAUGACCCAGCGCCAUUUCACAGGGACUGGAAUGAAUGCGACAUGACAAAGGCACCUGCAGUAUCAGUUAGUGAUAUUUAGCUUUGUUUACAUGUCCCGUCCACUCCACUUGUAGCUGUAGUCCAGAAUGUUUCCUGCACUCUGGGACAAAGUAGUCUGGGGCAUAAAUGCCAAGUGUAAACUUGUGUGAACAGCCAGAACAGAGACCUGGCUGGUGUCUUUACCUUGGCCAAUCCGGUUCUAUCUUCCACUUCAUUAAAACUUGAAAUAUAAUAGUUCUGGAGAGUUUGAUGAGCAGAAAUUAAAUACACUGGCAGAGGUCUACCAAGGGCUAUGAUGCCUUUGUAAAUUCUUUUGAGGUAAAGUCCUAAUGAAGUUCCUGAACCCAAUUCUUUUUACCUCAUUGGGGUCAGAACUAGGAUAACCUGUAGGCUUGCUGAGCAAUAAGAUACACUUCAAAAAAUGGAGGUUUUUGCCAUGAUCAAGCACUCCAUUUAGAGAACAUCUGUUCCAAGAGCCAGCAUAGCCCAUGCAGGUAUUUUACACUUGCCACUUGAGAACAUCAACACAUGGCUCUCAAGUUGCUGCCUUUUAAUUUUAUACUUCCAGCUGACUUGUAUUGUGCUUUCCCAGUAGCUGUGAGUUUUGUAUGUACACAGCUCCGUGUAGGUAUUUCCUCUGCAUACACAAUUGUGUUUCAUUUUUGUGAGUUAGCUACAAUAAAGGUCCACAUAUGGUUUACACACUGUGCACACUGUGGAGAGCAUGGAGAGAUGGAAAUACAAAUUAAUAUUGAGAAGGAGCAGUUGUUAAUUGGCUUCAAAGGAGGGUGUGAUGCAGCUAAGGCAGCCCUGAGACUUCUUCUGAAGGCACUAUCAUUAGUUAAGAGUCUAAUAUGUAUAUACAGCUAUAGGAAUGUACCAGAUCUGCUGACCAGGGAAAAGAGGAGCCAUGGCCAUGCACGUGCAGGGUUGAUAUUCUUCGGCAUUAUUCUUUCCAGAUAAUAGGUGGGUAAGUGCAAUUGUCUACUGGAGGAGAGACAGGCUUUUCUAAACAUUAGUUGUAGUUGUGAUACGGUUCAAAAGCCAUAGAGGGAGGAUCACUGCUUUGAGUAAAGUAAUUACUUUGCCUGUGUAACACAGUUUUGGCUUAAAUAUUAAGUACUCUUGGCUGGAACAAAUCAUUUUGUUUUCUAGUGAACAGAAGGCUCUGAAAAUCUAAAGCAAGUUAACUGUGGCUAAAAGUGUAGUUUUCUUACUCCAAGCUACACUGUGUAACUGAAGACAAUCUAUUUUUUUUCUUUGCGGAAGUUUAAAAUUUUGCAGCUUUUUGGUAUCAUGGGAUGGUCAGACAUCUGUUAGAAUGGAUAUGACCUCUUUGUGUUAAGCUUCUAUAGACAAGAUAUGGUCAACUGUCACAAUAGAAAGAACCUCAACAGCUUUUGAAGGGAUCCACUUUCAAGUUUGUGAAGAGUAUGACCCUGAUUAGUAAAACUAGUGGUAUCAGGGCUGCUUUAAUUAUGUAUAGGUGAUGGGAAUCCAGCAGUAUUUUUUGCUCUUGAUCUCGUCCUCUCUAGUAUUAUAGUCUCCCUAUUAUCAGGGUUUUGCUUAAGCUACUAAGUCUGCCCCAGUGCCAUACUUAUUUGUACAGAGCAGAUUUCACUGUCAGAGCUUGUUUGCAAAUGACUGAGGAAACCACAAAAAAAGCACAAGGGCUUUCUGCCAAAUUGCUUUCUCACGGUCAGCAGUGCCACUCUGUCCAUACUGUAUAAUCCAGCAGAAAGAUCUCAUAGUCUCACUGUGUGGAAAUGUACUACUACAAGCUUUAGAAAUUAUUUAUGAAUGUUACCUGUUCAAAGGCUGAAGUUGCAGCUUUCUAUCAAACACUCAAGACUGUAAAUAUAUCUCAGAAGCAUUUGUUAUUCUGCACGUUCAAUAAAAAUACUUUCUCUACUCUG